AUUUCUCAAUCCAUAUCCCUUUUAUUUUUGUCUCCUUUUUCCGGGUUUCCCACCGAGUGGGCUGGCCAAAACAAAAGUCCGAGAAAACCAAUUCUCUCUCUCUCUAGCCCGGCCCCGUGACGACUAACUAACGACGAACGAGUAAUCGUACAACGCAUUCUUCUCUCUAGAAUUUCUCUGACCCAAAAGAACUUUCAUUUACUUUGAAAUUGAAUCCAAUUUCUACCUCUCUGCUCUCGUUUUAGUCUGCUCCGCCUCCAUUUCGAAAAACUCAAAUUCUCUUGGCUUCGUUCCUAAGUUUCUCUCUCUCUUCUUCGCCGCAUCUCGCUUCCGUUCGCGCCAUGGCCGGACGAUUUGACCCCAAUCCCUUCGAGGAAGAGGAGGUGAAUCCGUUCUCAAAGCCUGCAAACUCAAGGCUUUCGCCGCUACCUCCCGAGCCCGCAGGUUUUGGCGGCUAUAAUCAUGGUGCAACAGUUGACAUUCCUAUUGAUUCAGCUACGGACUUGAAAAAGAAAGAGAGGGAACUGCAAGCCAAGGAGUCUGAACUUCGCAGGAGGGAACAGGAUAUCAAAAGACGGGAAGAAGCAGCGGCCAGAGCUGGAAUACAACUGGAGGAGAAAAAUUGGCCACCUUUUUUCCCAAUUAUCCACCAUGAUAUAUCAAAUGAGAUACCAAUUCAUCUUCAAAGGAUUCAGUAUGUUGCUUUUUCAACGUUCUUAGGUAUGAACCAUGUUCGUGUGUUUGCAGGAUUGGCUCUCUGCCUUCUGUGGAAUGUAAUUGCAGUAACAACAGCAUGGAUCAAGCAUGAAGGAGUGAAGAUAUGGUUUCUUGCCGUUAUCUACUUCAUUUCAGGAGUUCCAGGAGGUUAUUUCUUGUGGUACCGCCCACUGUACCGGGCAUUUCGGACUGAUAGUGCUUUGAAGUUCGGGUGGUUUUUCUUCUUCUAUCUGAUCCAUAUCGGCUUCUGCAUUGUUGCAGCGGUUGCUCCCCCAAUCUUUUUUAAAGGAAAAUCACUCACGUAUGUGUCCAACAUACUUACCCUUCUAAGCAUAACUUUAUUGCUGCUUAUCUUCUACUUCGUCGGGUUCGGCCUCUUCUGUGUCGAAAUCAUUCUCAGCAUCUGGGUUCUCCAGCAAGUAUACAUGUACUUCCGUGGAAGCGGUAAAGCAGCAGAGGUCAGGCAUGAGGCUGCAAGAGGAGCAGUGAGGGCAGCAAUAUGAUACGAUUACCGGACGCUUUCAGGAAUGAACAGGUUAAGACUGCCAUUUGGAUCUAGGGUUGUAUAUGCGCAUAGCUUCUACGUACAUGUUUCCUUUAUAGAGAGUGAUUUGCUUCCCCUGCCGUGCUUUUAUCCGAGAAUCAGUCUCUUUGCUUAACAGACAACAAAGUUUUCAUUACCCUUUGCAAUUCUAUUUCUCGUUGGAUUGUUUUUCCCGCCUUGUAUAUUUACCGAAAAAAUCGAUCGAUUUAUUUUCUUGCUCUAGUAUUAGUUUCCUUCCGAGUGAAAGUUGAUUUCCUUGCUACUUGUACCUUGAUAUUCUCCAGCGGAAUUUUGGAUCAUGUUGCAUUGUUCUUGUUGCUCUCCCUCUAGCUUAAGAGAUUCAUAUGUUAAUUCGUUAGCUUGCUCUCGGUUCGUAUUAACAGUCCUUCAGUUUUCUCUUUCGUUGUCCGUGAAAUGCUAGUCCUUGUGAAGUUACUCUAGCUAUGGCGUCGUCUUUGUGUUGGGUCUUUUUUUCGCAUUGUUGAAUGCUUUUAGCCUAUCAGUGCGAUAACCAGAAAGUCGGCUUUCGUGAAGAGAAUCAAUCUACCAAAAGUCCAGAAAUGGUCAUUUCGUCAUAUCCAUAAAUUUAUUGCAACCAUCUGUACUAGUAACAUAACACGAUCGUUUAAUUAUAAUGCAUGUCUACGAGACUAUAACAUAAUACGAUCGGCUUAUAUAAAAUACACCAUUGUUUAAACAUACAUACGUAUUAUAACGAGACCUCUCUCUCUCUCUAUAUACUUAUAUUAUAUAGAAGUGUAGCACUACAACAAGCAAGUAGUCAUCCCCGCACCUGAUCCUUCCCCCGUCUGCGGCGGCCAUCUUUCACUCAACAGUAAGCCACGCACUUCUUCUUGCAGUCCAUGGUGCACCCUCCGCCGCCGCCUCCGCCGCCGUACCCUUUCCCGGAGCGGCUGUAGGCGGAGAAGCACUUGGCCGGGCAGCGGAGCUUCUUGUUGAGACAGGGGCCUUUCUCCUUGCAGACCACGGACGGCCUGUACGUGCCGCUCUUCGAGUACCCGCCUUUUGGGCCCCCGAACCCGGACCCGUACCCGCCUCCGAUAACCGGCCCGUUUCCCCAGUACCCUUUCCCGAACUCCGGGAUCCCCGUCCCCGGCCCGAAGAACCCGCCGCCUCCGUCGUUGCUGGACUCGGGUUCGGGCCGGGCUGCGGCGGAGAGUGUGGUGAUGAUGAUGAGGAUGGAGAGGAGGAGGAGGAAGAAGCAGGAGAAGAUCUUUUGGGUCUUCAUUGGUGUGGGACUUUGAAGAGAUGGAGAGAGAGAAGGGGAGGAAAUGGAGGGAUAUAUAAUAGGGUUUUUCAGUUUUUGGGGAGGAGAAGGGGAGGGAGAAGAAGCAUUGAUUGGGAGAGUAGGGGUGGAGGACAGUUGAGG